AUGGCUCCUUCAACAACAACAACAACAACCCCCAACCAAGACGCUCCCGCCAGCAAAAGCAAAACCGUCAGCAUGGAAGAAUCAAAACUAAGCCCGCUCGAAAAGGCCGAACUGUCCCUCGCAGACAAAUACAGCUCCCCAGACGUGUACAUCAACGGCGAAAAGGACACCUGCUGGCACCCAUGGAUGGAAAACCUGGAACUUAAGCCCCUGCGCUUCGAAACACGCUCCGGCACAUUUGUCGUCGUGCUCCGCAGCUCGGAGGACACCUGGCUCGGUAAACAUCGGCAUCGCGGGACUGUUACGGCUGUAACAGUUAGUGGGGAGUGGAAUUAUAAGGAAUACGACUGGGUUGCCAAACCAGGCGACUAUGUCGUUGAAAACCCCGGCACUAUCCACACGCUGCACAUGAGCAAAGGAGCGGAGGUCGUGUUCACCAUCUCAGGGAGCCUGGAGUUCUUCAAUGAUGACGAUACCUUGAAGAAUACGAUGGAUAUCUUUAGCUAUGCGCAUUUGUAUUAUGAGCAUUGCAAGAAGCAGGGAUUGAAGCCGAAUGAUGGGCUUUGUAUUUUGACACCAGAACAUGGUAGUUUAAAGUUCAACCGAGCGCACAUCUUCUUGGGAAUUGGUAUGCGUACGUGGACCGGGUGCCUAACAUGUCGCUCACGAAAGGUGAAGUGUGAUGAGCAUCGGCCCCGGUGCCAUAACUGCGAGAAGUCUCGGGUCCAAUGCAUCUCCAGUGACCUACUUUCUUUUAAACAAUGGCGCAAUCCAUCGCUUAGCCAUACUCCUGGCAAUGGAGGGUCCGGUGUCUUUCAGCCGGACCAUAUCUGGGUGGACAUUAAGCCGAAUGGCGAAUUCGUUGAUGAGACGAACGACAUAACUGCUGAGUAUCAGAAAGUCCUCCCCGAGCACACCAACGGGGUUCCCAGGACCGAUGUCAAUAAAAUUUCGACGGAAGUCGUCUUACCGCAGGAACAGUUGAGAAACUGGAACUGUGCACUCUCGAACAAUCAUGAACGCCCAGUAUCCCCACAUAAUAGGCUGGCUUCUCUAUCAGACGAAUACCCUGCCACCCCUGGUGAUUCACCGGCUACGCCCAGUUCGGCGGAGCCUGUCACCGAGACCGCGAACGACGGAGCUCACGCCCUUCUCUCAAUGAGAAACCACGAUCCAGAUCCCAGCUUUACAGUCUCUAGCUCUUCGCAGUGUUUAUCUGAGCACUCGUCCGAGGAAUGGACUCCGAAUACCAUAGCCUCGCCCAUAGGAGUGGGCGUGCUCGCGCCCUCAGACGAGCUCGCCCCUCCGGGACUGCUAACCUCCAAGGUAGAAGCAGACCUGCUCCGCAAAUUCAGCACGGAAGUAGGAACAUGGAUGGACCUCUCUGACCUCUCUGAAACAUUCGCUAAGAAAGUCUGCCGCCUCGCGGUGAAAGACCCACUCCUCAAAGCAGCUAGCAUUGCAUGUGCUGCGAAGCAACAGUUCCUCAUUGGAAACCUCCAGGACGGCAUGCAGAUUGCGCGAAAGAAUUACGAUACCGCCAUCUCGCUUCUGAUUAAUCGACUGGGCAACCUGGAUCAACCAUUUGCGGAUUACGGGUUUGCUGCCACGGUCAUAUGCUCCUGUUACGAAAUGCUGGAUGCGCCGACUUCGGACUGGCAGAGGCAUCUAGAUGGAGUCUUCUCUUUUGGGAGAGUGCAUCGAGUGAAUGGGUCGUCGGGAGGGAUUGCACAGGCUGGGUUUUGGUCGAUCGCGCGGCAGGAAGUGGUCUGCUCGAUUAUCAAUCGGUCCACGCUGAGACUCGAUCCUGAUUUUUGGGCCGUGGACCUUGAUCAUAUUGGACAGGAAGGCAGCGAGGAUUUGGUGAACAAUCAGGUUCUCACGAUUCUUGCCAAGGUGGUGAAUUUCAUGGCCUGCUCCGAAGGAAGCUCCCUGGCAGAGAGGAAUCAUGAGUGGCAUAAGCUGUGUAGCCUGCUUGAUCAUUGGAGCAGCUCCGUCAAGGGCAAGGGCUACAUGGAUUCGGUUUCUGAGGUUGAGGAGGACGGUCAAGUAUUCCGAACAAUUUGGUUUGCCAGAAGCGUUUGCGCCUCGUCCUGGCAGAUGUUCCACCUGGCCCAGAUCCUGCUCUUGACCACGAGUCCGUACCAGGACUGCAGCUGCGUGCUCGCUUUUCGCAGAAUCGAAACCAAACUCCUCUACCAUGCCAGACAGAUCUGUGGAAUUGCUCAAAGUAAGCCCGAUGGGAGCUGUCGUGUCAAUUCGGUCCAGCCGAUCUAUUACGCCGGGUGUUGUUUUAGCGAUCCCGAUGAGAGGAAAGCGGCGGUCCGACUGUUGGAAGAGAUUGAAGAUGAACUGGGCUGGGCAGCCAAGUAUAGGGCGCGAGAACUCCAGGAAGCGUAUUUAGGCCCAUCCUGA